AUAAAGAAUUUCUUGUUGUACAUGCACGUCAACAUACUCAUAUGUUUUAGACGAGAAACUUUUCCAACAAGAGAACGAGAGUUGAAUAUCACGAUCAUCUGAAGAUGUCGUCGCCUAUGCGACACCUGUCUCCGACGGGGGGUGAAGACCCACCUGCCAUGAUGAAGUCGCUGUACUCGCCGAGUCCGAAGACGAGCAAAACGGAGCUAUGUGCAAGAGUCCAGGAGCUGCAAGAGGAAAAUGAUCACUUACGCGAUAUGCUGCAUAAGUGGCGUGACUGGUCUUGAUAGAUCAUCUACUUAGAUCCAUUUACUUAUUAUAUGAAUCCGAUUAUAUGCACCAUAUGCUUUCGUUCUUGGAUUAGAUUUAGAGUUAGCAGUUCGACCCGUCCCCUGAUGAAUAUUAUAGAUACAUAUCUUCAUGGUGGAAGAUGAUUGAAUUUGACGUUCUUCUCGUAUUCGCCCAAAGAUACUAAACCGGCCCCACCGGAUUACCUUCUUCAGGUACGAACGGCAUUACAAGCAACAGAUUCUGUACUUCGACAGAAAAAUCCAGGAGCUUUCAGACCCCGCGAAACUGGAACAGGCGUCGCUUUCGCCUAUUCGCACUAAGAUGCCCAGCUUCCCCGAGGCUCCUCUUAUGAAAACAUUUUGAGCAACAGUGUCUUGUCAGAGAACGAACAAACGCUUCAAUGCUGAAGAAACGACCUGAUCAAGUACUAUCUGUAUCGAAAGAAAGGCAAUUACGUAGAAGUCUACCAUGUUGAUCUUACUACAACAGUAGAUGACCUACAUACUUCUUUGCCGAGUUGCUAUUGCUUCAUAUAUUAUAGAUCUAAGUUAUCGCUACCCGUGAUUGGUUCACCAAGCCACGACGAGAUGAAACGAAUUUACGACAAGAAACGGCGCGAUAAGUAUGGCGACAAGACAACAGUAACCUAUCGGCGAGAGCAAAUAUUUGAUGAGUUCUUGCAGAGGCAGACGACUUCGUCGUACUAAAAAUUUGUAUUUUCGCGCUCUGACCACUACCGUCCGUUUUGACGCCUUGCGUGAAGAUUCGGCAACGGCAUCCUAUCCUAUCCUAUCCUAGCAUUUCUAAUUUAUUCUAAAUUGGUUGUUUUUACAAUCUAGAUGUUCAUGAUCAUUCUUCAUCAUUUCGGCGCAGUGUUUCGAAAAGCCGCAGUAAUCGACGCAAACUUAUAUACAGUUAAGUAUCUUUUACCAUGAUUUUUCAGGUAUGAGAAUGCUCGGUCAGCAGCACUUGCCAACCGUGCCUAUGUGGAGUCGAGAUCAACAACUAGCACUGCUUUCGGCGGCGUCUCAAAAGAGUUUCGUAUGCGCCUGCGACGCGGAUAUUCACGGCUACUAGCUAAAAAUAACUUCCAUCCAUAUGCACAUGCCUCCCCGUUAGCAAUAUCUAAGUGCUGCUUUGUUACUUAGAUAUAGAACUACAACAACAAUCCAUCCUACUCGCCAACACAUCAAAAUUAUAUUAGGUAACAAAAAGGAUUCCUCGCUCGCUACAAAAUAUAGAGAAAACGAGAUGCCCUAAUAUGGGUAGCAGCUGCUGCUCUAAUCUACGGCUCCGUUCGCAAGGGGUGGAUUGAAGCCAUCGACAAAAAUGGGCGCGGCUAUCUGGGCUUUUCGGAAUUCUGCAACUUAUGUUCCAGUUCAUACACUCAUUACCCAGUGAAAGACAAAACAAGUACAGGCACAAAAGGCCUGAUCGAAUAAUUAUUAUAACGAGGUUGUUCCUGCUCCCUCUGCUCUCACCCUCUCCUCUAUUUUUAACUACUUAUGUGUUCGUUUAGAUCAUUUAUAUUCUAGUGCAGGGUAGUUAGCACUUAAUCUUUGGUUAGUCGCCGUCUAGUCCACACACAUUAUUGUAACGAGGUUGUUUCAGGCAUGAGUAGGUGCCGGUGCCAGGCUUUGUUUUCCUUUGUAUGCCUCUAAGCUACGCUGCCCGCACAAUCGGUGCGGACACCAAUAUGCGGCAUCUCUGGCAGGAGCUCGAAAAAGACGGCCACGUGAGCCUAGCAGAGGUCGAUCCAAAAGGGCAUGCGGUAACAAAGGAUCUCAAUUAAGGCUACUUUGUAAUGAUCUACCUCAGCCUAUCCAUCGUUUUUAUUCAUGUUGUCUCCGUCUCGUGAAUUUUUCUUGUACUAGAUCUUGUGGGAUGAAGACGCACAAUUGCUGAUCACACUGCAAUAUGUCUAGUUUUGAAUUUGUAUUCAAGAAAAAAUGAGCAGCUCUAACUCAAGUAUUUCAUGAUUGAUACCUAUGGUUCCAUUCUUCGAGCAUGGAAUGAUUUCGUUGACCCCGAAAAGAAAGACCACUUGCGAAUGGCCGUUUUUAUUUCACGCUGUGCGGAGCUCGGCUGGAAUGGUGACGCUAAAAAGGUACUUUGUACUUCUAUACCUUAGUAGUUGUUUAUCGUAAUUCGUAAUUAAUUCUAACCUAAUAAACGAAUGGGCGAAGACUAGUUUGAUAGAUCCUUGCUUUCCUCAUCUUCUCUUUCAACUUCUAUAACCGCAUGUUCACCACCACCACCUCCGCCAGGUCUUUGAGCAUGUUAACACAAACGGAGUUGAGGUCAUAGGGUCUAGUUCGGGUUACAUCACCCUGAAGGAUUUUUGCGAGGAAUCCGCUUUAGCCAGGUCGCGAGGAGCGAAGGACUCUUGGGCUGGAGUGGAAACACCGCACAAGAAGAAGAAAGGCACAAGUCCCACUGCGUCGCCUAUGAGCACACAGCAAUCGUGGGGUACUCACCAAGGCUAACUAAGUACAAGGUGGUUGAUCAUGCUUUCUUUUGUCUAUGCUCGUGACUCCUAGAAGAAUCCGUAUCUGCUGACAGACCAUGACUAUGAACCAACCAGCUAUUUUCUGCUUUCUUCUCUCUUUCUUGUUGUAACAGCAUCUGGUGGGAAGCUGUCGACAACAGGCGGAAAGUCGCAUCCUAGUGGGGCAAAAUCGCCAAUGAUGACAACGGCGGCAAGCGGCUUUAGCGCAAUAACUGCGCCACCGCUCCCAGACGAGGCAGUAACUGACUACUCGAAUCUUCCGGAUCCGAAUUACACGACUUGCCGCGUGACCAUGGCCUUCCUGGGAACUUUGAAGCGGAAGUUUGCUACGACACGAGACGCCUGGUAGUUCGUUUGUCUAGCAAAUCUGUGUAUAGCUUUUACUUUCGGUUUGAAACAACAAGUUAGUUCGUCGUUGUGUGUAGCUGGUGUUUGAAUCUGAUAGACACUCGGUACGACGGAGCAGGAACACGAGAAGAGUCCUCGUUCGAUCAUGUCAAAAGUUUCUACACCUUCCUUGACAUUUAAAAAAGGUACAAGGCUCUGGAUCCCAAGGGCAAGGGAAUGUUAACAUACGAUGAAUUCGCGGAUGCUUGCAAGAAGCGAUUGCAGUAUUAUGGUAGCGUUGACAAAGUUUUCAAAACACUUGAUUACCAAGGCAGUGGCAUGGUAGCAAUGAGCGACUUCAAUCCUCGCGCACACGAAUGCCUCAGAGACGUUCAAUUCCAGCUUCUGCAGGUACUCAUCCGCUGAUGCUGAAGUGCGUUUUGUUUUGUGAACAAGACAAUUGUUCUCUUGAACACUCGAUUCUCUUCUUAUAGAAGUGCAGGAACUACUCAAUAACAAGAAUUACGUACGCCGAAAAGAAAUCAGAGCUUGGUGUAGAAGCAGGUGAAUGAUAUACUUACUUUUUACCUAGCCGUUGUAGUAGAAUGAAAUCCAUUGACAUUGAUAUUUUUCAAAUGUUCGAUCCAUCAGCGUUUUGGUAACUUGUUGGACGCGUUUCAUCCGUACCACAUUGGCACGUCAAACGAGGUGGACCACGAUGCGUUUGCACGAAUGUUGCUACCAUUCAAUUUUAAGCCAUACGACAUCCAGAACGUGUUCGACUGGUUGGAUUCGAAGAACAAGAAACGAAUACGAGGAACAGCAAUUGAAUUCGCAAGAGUCGGCAAUCCAUCGAAGCUGACGACCUUCUCGCGGAACAGUGCUGAGCGGCAACAAGACGAAGUAUUUAUUAGAUUUUACGUUGUUUAACUCUAAUUAUAAUUAGAAUGAUUUAUAGAACGGAUGUAGAAUGUGAAUGGACUUGGAUGGAUCGGAUGGACCCUCCUAAAUCUUCCGAUCCUACCUGAAAUGGUGGGAAGUCCAUCCGUUCCAUCCGAGCCAUCCCAUAAAUUUAUGUGUAAAACAAAAUAUCUCGGUCGUUACCAAGUGGCCCUAAUAGAGUAAUCCCUCUCAAGACAUACUACCCUUCUUCGAUUCGAACUUGAUGUUCUUCAACUUGCUGUAAUUAUAGUCGUAUGAAAGGAUCAACAUUCUAUAUUAUACUCAGCCUUUAUUGAGUUUGAGUGAGUCUGUGCUUAAAGACCACAAGAAAUGCUUGCUCAACGUGUAAAAAAAUCCACUGAUCCUACCUACCUUCAGAUUCACAUGCGAUGGGAGUCUGACAACCUUAGGGAGAAUCCGCAGGACGAGCGGAAGUUUACAUUAUGGAUUACUAAAUUUGAAUUCACAUUUCAUCUCAAAGAGGACUUAAUCUAAGUACUUGGAUGGUUGUUUCUUUCUGCAAGCUAGCAGGGGUGGAAAACAUAUUAACAUGAACUUGAACAUGAACAUGUUGUAAAGCGCUGCGUGUGGUGCCUAACACUAUAACUUUAUCUUAUUUACCAACAUCAUGAUAAAGAUCAUCCAUCGAUGUAAAGAGCAGUACUGUUGUAGUAACAGAGAUUUGGAUAGGGAUUUCUAAUCAAAGUGACGAAAAAGGGUGAAAUGACGGAAGAAGAUGCGCGGGCACUAGCGGAUGGGGAGACUCCGAAAAGCUUCUCCGAGGUAACCGAUCCGGGAACAACGAAGGAGCUUGGUAUCAACCCAGGGGGACAUAGUUCAAGGAGAGAAUCGAGACGCAAGUCAGGCUCGCCACCUGGGAGUCCUGGCAGCGGAAACGCUAGUGCAAAGGCCUUGGGUAGUCCAGCAGCUCCAGGAAGCCCUGCUGCGGCAUCCGCGGAGGUACAGUAUUUUCGACAGAUAUUGUUUUCCGUUACAACUUGACCUCGGGUAAUCAUUAUAGUUGAUGCAACAACACCAGAUCGAUUCUCCAGAAGACGUAGCAUAAUGCGUCGAAAAGCUGCAUUAGAAAAUAUGGUUUUCGCAGUUGUAACAUGAUUCUUGCUAGUGUUGACACGACUCAAUGGCCGCCUGAUUCUGAAAUUGACAACUUCUUUAUUAGCCUCGACCGGCCAGCUCUCACUCGGUUGUCGCAUCUGCUGUUGGUGAUCAGGCUCCGGAAAGUCCUGCUGCUUCCGCGGCGGCGGAAUUUUCACUUCCCGAGAGAACGACUCGCGUGCAGUUUGGCAAGAAGCCAUUUCCGCCUACGUACAGUCCCGAUUGCAUCAAUAUUCUGACGGUUGCUCGGGAGAAGCACGGAUCGCUAAAGAAGGCUUGGUCCGCCGCUUUCGCGCCAAACGGCGAGCACAGCAUCGACUUCGUGCAAUUCUGUCGCGCCUUGCGCGGCCUAGAGUACGAGGGCAACUUGAAGAGCACGUGGGACUCGCUAGGCCAGGCCGCAGAAAACAUGUCGCUCACGAUAAACGACCUAGAUCCGGAGACCGAGAGUCGUUGGCGUUUGUGGAAAGACCGUUUCGCGGAGGCAGGCGACAAGAGCAACAAUUCGUUCGAGAAAGUGUGGCGCAAGCGGGGACUCUACCUCGGCGUCAGCUGUCACGACCUCAUAAAGUGGCUCUGCGAGGAUAAUGUGAUGACCAACGCCGAGGCUGAGGGCAUCUGCGAAUGGCUCGAUCAACAGGGCGACUUGCAGGAUCGCAACUUUCUCCACGUGCACGAGGUAGAUCCGAAACUCGGCCGAAUGCUUGUCAAUCCACAGUAA